GCUUGAUUUGUGAUAGCAGUGGAUGCUCCGAUUGAUAUUUUGUAUCUGCCACCACCAAACCAGUACUCCUUGCAUCAGCUAUCAGCCAAUCACUAUCUCUCUUCUUUUUCUUCCCACCUUCCGCGUUUUAGUUUUGAAUUUUAGAUCAGAACAGGAAAAUCAGACUAAGAACUGCUUCAAAAAUGGGAUCUAGUGCUGCAAGUUUCCUCAAGGUGGUGGCUAAGAACUUCGAUGUUCUUGCUGGGCCUGUGGUUAGUCUGGCUUAUCCUCUAUAUGCCUCGGUUAGGGCAAUUGAGUCCAAGUCUCCUAUUGAUGAUCAGCAAUGGCUUACUUACUGGGUUCUCUACUCUCUGAUCACUCUUUUCGAGCUUACCUUUGCCAAACUCAUUGAAUGGAUUCCUAUCUGGUCGUAUGCAAAGCUGAUUGCAACGUGUUGGUUGGUCAUACCAUACUUCAGUGGUGCUGCAUACGUUUAUGAGCAUUUUGUUAGGCCAAUCUAUGUUAAUCCACAAACUAUUAACAUCUGGUAUAUCCCAAAGAAGGACAUAUUUAGUAAGCCAGAUGACAUUCUAACUGCUGCAGAGAGGUACAUUGAAGAAAAUGGACCCGAAGCAUUUGAGCAGCUCAUAAAAAGCGCUGAUAGGCAAGCGACGUCUCGGAGUAGGAACCGCACUUUUUUCGAGGAACAUAGGGAUUGAGCUUUGUCAAUCGGAGUGAUUUUUAGGCAACACCACUCCUUGGGCGUGGGAAACAUCUGUCUACAGUUGUUAGGGGUGUCUUUGUGGUUGGUUAAGUAGUCUAUAUGGUCUGUUAUGGUCUUUGGUUUUUCUGAAAAAUGAAUGUUCAUAUAGCCUGUAAUUAUUGUCACUUGACUCUUUAUGGCCCUUUCUCAUGCAGUCAUGCACAUAACUCUUCUAUUAAGCGGUGAAGUACAUAAAACUACUUGUUGGUAAGAAUAA